ACUGAAUUGAUUAUACUAGUUACUCAUAGCAGUGACAAUAGAGUGUCAUACCAAUUGAUCUAACUAAAAUUGAACAACGCUUCUCUUCCAUUUCUUCGGUCACCAAUUUCAAUGGCUUCUUCUCUGUACCAUUCUUCUGUUGCUUUUUCUCCCCGCCUCAACACCACUGCUGCCGCGCUUCCUCUCUCUGGCGGCGGCCGCCGUCUUUCUUUCUCCUGCUCACCGGAAUUUAAGGGCUUGAGGAUCCCCAUAUCCGCUAAUUUCAGGACUGCUAGGGUUUCGCGAAGCUGCGGACCUCGCAUUGUUUCUGAAGUUCAAGAAAAUGUACUUGAUUUGCCUACAGUGACCGAUACAACAUGGCAGUCACUAGUCCUCAAGGCGGAUAAGCCUGUUCUUGUUGAAUUUUGGGCGCCGUGGUGCGGACCAUGCCGAAUGAUCCAUCCUGUAGUAGCUGAACUAUCAGAACAAUAUGCUGGAAAGCUCAACUUUUACAAAUUGAACACUGAUGAAAGUCAUUCUACUGCAAGCAACUACAACAUUCGAAGUGUUCCAACAAUGAUGAUCUUCGUCAAUGGCGAGAAGAAAGAUGCAAUUAUCGGUGCUGUGCCCAAAACGACACUGACUACCGCCAUUGAGAAAUUCUUGUAGAGGCAGGUUACUGAAAUCUAUUGUCCCCUUAUCGCAUAAUCAUGGUGUGUUCAUUCUCGACGUGACAAUAAAGGUUAUCUUUGCAAGAAGAUUUGCUUUGGUGAUUUGAAAGGUUUAAAAAAGAACACUAGUAAUUGUCAAUUGUCAAUUUAAGUUUUGAAAACUUGGGAGUCAAAAUGAGGCUAAAGGGCUUGUGUUUGAAGUUUUUCUAUUCAUGAAAUUCCAGAUGGUGAACCUAACAA